AUGGCUCAGCUGCUUGUAUCAGAACAUUGCAAUCUGCUGGCAACAGAUUCGGAAGGAAGGACAGCCCUACACAGGGCGAUUGAGCGCAAGGACCAAGAUGUUGCGCUCUAUCUCUUGAGCGCCGGCAGCCCUGGCCAGGUGCAAGAGAAUGCUUUCGACUAUAGCCAUGAGUCCUUGCUGGUCACAGCUUGGAAACAGGGAUUUUCAGAAAUUGUCCCAGGUAUCCUGAAGCAAUGGCCCAAGACCAUAAAUGCCGAGGACUCUAGCUAUCAACAGCCGCCUAUUUCAUGGGCUUGUGAGAGUGAGCAUCACGAUAUUGUCAAACAACUACUUCAACAUCAGGGCCCUGAAACAUCAGACUCCCAGAGACUCCACCGCCUGAAGGAGUUCACCUUCUCCCAAUCCUCUCAGUUCCACGGUUUGAUUGGGAACAUGUUGCAAGCUCUGCUAGAGACCACUUUAAUUCUCUCAUUCCUUCAUGAGCUUUCUGUCCAAGAGCUUCCAGCCAGCGCUCAAAAGGCAUUCGACAAGUUCGCGGGCGAUCGAAGGCAGGAGACAUGGGUAAAGUCGAAGACCUCUUACCACGUAGCAAUCUUACUUCGCGAUAAGAAGCUUGUGCAGAUCUUGAUAGAUCACAGUGUUGAUCAAAAUGGCCUUGACGAAGACAGUUGGUCCUCUAUGGACUACCUGAAACGUUUCUGCCUCGAGGAAACCUUCAGAAGCCUCUACAACCACUCGAAACCUGGGGAAAUCGAUAAGACACCCGACUAUAGGAGUCCCGCCACCCUAAUUUGGGACCAGUACAAGGAAAGCCUCCAAGUCACUUCCGAACCCGUCGAUGGCCAUGAUAAAUACCCAACCGCCCACGGUCGUCAGGCAAUCGCCGAACCUCCUAAGAGGAUGUAUACGCGCCAACCACAGUAUCCCUCCAUCGAGAGAAUAUUUCAAUUCGAGGUCGAAGUCCUUCGUAACUCCAAUUCUCGGUAA